AUGUGCCGCAACGUGUUCUUGAAGGGCGAAGUUCGGGAUAUAGUUGCUUCUGAUGCGACGGGUGUCGCUGUUCACCACUCGGAACCAGAUGCGUCGCGGCUGCAGCCGAUGACGGCGCCGUUGCUCGAUGCCAUCUGCAACAGAUUGAUCGAAGGGGUCAACAUCAUGAACAAGGGCGAGUUCCAGGAGUUGGAGCGCCGACUUGGCUGGAACUGGGACCCCCAUUUGCCUGAGCGGGUUCGGGAACUCAAGCCGCUCGAGACAGUCAUGUUUGAUUGGAUGCAUUGUAUUUUCGUCAACGGUACAUAUAACAUUCUGGUGUUCCAAAUGUUUCGAAGGUUGAAGGGUUACUGGGCGCGCGCAGACGCAUAUUUCCAGGACUGGUCGUUUCCAGGGUGCCACUCCAUCUCCCCCGACACGUGCGCGAUCUUCGGCGAGAAGCGCGUGAGGCGUCAGGCAGACGCGGAUAAGCUGCAGGCUGCGGUUAACAUGUUUUUGCUGUCAUACAGCAGCGUCUUUGGCAAGGAAACGAUGGCGCAGAAGUUCCAUUACCUGCACCACUUCGCCAACUACGUGAGGCGUUGGGGCCAUGUGGCGCUGCCGUCGUGCUGGGUUUUGGAGCGCAAGCACAAGACCAGCAAGCGCUUUGCGAACGCUCUUCAGGCGGGGGCUGCAGCCUCCAGCGGCUGGGACGCCAAUGUCCUGAAGAGCGUCACCGAGCGGCACCUGUGGCAGCUCAUGGAUGGCGACACCUUUAAGGUUAACUGCCUGGUUAACGCCACCAGGCCGUCCAAGGCCAUCUCGCGCGAACUGCUGCAGCAGUUCGGGCCUGCGGACUUUGUUACGUCCGCUGCAGCGCGGUGCCGCUACCACGACGUCAAAUACGGCGACGUCGUGCUGUUGGAGGACGGAGGAGGGGAACACAUUGCGGCCGAGGUGUUGAAACACCUCUCCUUCACCAAGAACGGCCACUACUAUGGCUUGAGCUUGGUCCUGCCCUACUUCUUCAAGGAGAAGCUGCACCCGCGCGCCUCCGCGCACGUGCUUGGCGGCGAUGCCGACGCCUUUUGGGCGCACACGGCGAGCAUCGUGUGCUCGCUCGCGUGGGCGCCGCGCGAGGGCGGCGGCAUCCGAGUGGCGCGCCCGAUAUGGUCGCAGCCGCGGUGGUGCGCUUUAGCCUAA